AUGGCAGCAAACAAAAGGCAGGUUGUUGCACUAGUAGCUUGUGCUGCAGGUCAAUAUUUUUUGGAGAUUAUUAAUAGAUUAGGAAUUGAUAGUGAUAGUGAUAGUGAAAAUGAUGAAUUGAUGCAAGAAUUCAUUAAUAUUGAGGGAAAUCUACGAAUACUUGGCAUAAAAAUAAAAGCAGUACGAGUUGAAUGUUUUGUAGAAUAUACAAUACCAAGAUUAUCUGCAAAACAGUUCAAAGAACAUUUCCGAAUGAGUACAGCUGUCUUUGAUAAUUUGGAAAAUAAAAUAGGAAAUUUAUUAUUGAGACAAAAAUCAACUGGUCGCUCAACAAUUUCUGUUCGUAAACAGUUGUUAGCCACUCUAUGGCUAUUAGCUACUCCUGAUUCUUAUAGAUCUGUUGGAUCUAAAUUUGAUUUAGGAAAAUCUUCACUUUCUCAUUGUGUCAAAAGAGUGAUUAAAGCGUUAAAUUCAAUAUCAGGAGAAAUUAUAUCUUGGCCAACAGGAGAUCGGUUAUUGAAUACAAAAACUCAAUUCCAGAGAAUUUCAGGAUUAUCUAACAUUGUUGGCGCCAUAGAUGGUACACACAUUGAAAUUCCUGCACCAGAAAUUGAUGCUGAAAUAUACAAUACUCGCAAAUGCAGAUAUGCUAUUGUUUUGCAAAUAGUAUGUGACGCUGAUCUACGAUUUAUUGACUGCUUUGCAGGAUAUCCUGGAUCUGUAGGAGAUUUAAGAGUAUUCAGAAAUAGUGAUUUAUGGCAUGCUGUCCACAGAAAUAGAAACAAUUUCUUUCCAGAUCAAGAAUUUAUCAUUGGCGACAAAGCAUAUCCGGUUUUAGGAUGGUGUUUGCCUCCAUACAGAGACAACGGUCAUCUUACAAGGGUAUAG